GCUCCCAUGGCGCUGAAGGUGAACUAUGUCGGUCAUCCAGUGCGUUUGCAUCUCCCUGCUGAAAACGUUCGCUGGAUACUUAGCACGGCCUCCGCAGUGACCUAGCCCUGCAUGGGAAACACCCUUUGUGCCUUGAAAUGGAGAAGACUAGAAACCUUGUUGGACAGAGAAGCCACACAACAGAAGUUUUUUGAAGCUUCAAUAUUAGAUAACGAGGCUCUGCAUGAAGAUGAAGAAUCUCUUAGUAUUUGCUAUGCUACUUGCUUAUGGUGCAGUUAUGACACAAGGGAGUUUCUGGGAGCUUCAAAAGAUGAUUAAGCAAGUCACUACGAAAUCUGCCUUUUGGAAUUAUUACAGCUACGGCUGCCACUGCGGAUUGGGCGGUAAAGGGACGCCAAAGGAUGGCACUGAUCAGUGCUGUUACUUGCAUGACUGCUGCUAUGAGAGGCUCAAUGAUCAUGGCUGUAAUGCCAAAUUUAAUUCAUACAGCUACGUCUACCUGAAUGGAAAGAUCUACUGCGGCAUGGGGAGCCAGUGCAAAAGAGAGAGCUGCCAGUGUGACGGUGACUUUGUGCUCUGCUUGAAGAAACACUUAAGCAGCUACAAGAAGGGUUAUCGCUUCUAUAGAAAGAGGCACUGUGCGGAUGAGAAGCCCACGUGUUAAAAAGUUGCACAGAUUCUUUACCUGCCAUAUCAACAUACUCUUUAUUUGCACAAGGUAAAAGCAACAAAAUGUGAUUGUUUUAUUAUAAUGUCUGUUUAUUACAUAUACACAUUUAUAGAUAUAAAAUUUUGCAUGGACUGCUUAAUGUAUUUUCGUAAUGUUUGUGCUUGGAUCAUUUUAUAACUUUGAUCCCAUUUAUAUGUAGCAAUAUUUUUUGUUGUAUUUUUUUUUUAAAAAUUGAAAUAAAAAAACAAAGCCGUCAUGUGCCUGA